UAGCGGGGGUGGAGCGAGCAGCAGCCUGUCCCGGUAAGGGGAGGGGAGAACGGGGAGCAGAGGCGGUUCUUUCCUCGGCUCUUCGCUUUUUCGGCGCUGGAGAGUGUUGGGACCAGGGCUGGAGAAGACCGCCGGGGAGCAUUAGAGAAAAGAUCCAGUCCUGUGCACGGAGCCUCGACUGGCCGAACGCGGCGCCGUGCGCUUUUCUUUUUUUGGGGGGGGGGACUGCACAACAUUCCUGUGAAAUAUAACUGCUAUUAAUGGCAUGUGGCUUGUAACUUUACUCCUGCUGUAUUCUUUGCAAGAAGCCAACAGUGAGGAUGUUGUCUCUACUCGGCUGUACUUUGUGAACGCCUCCCUGCAGCGAGUGACCUUCUCCAGCUCGGUGGGGGUGUCCCUGCCCUGCCCCGCGGGCGGCGCCCCCCAUGCCGUCCUGCGCUGGUACCUGGCUGCCGGAGACGACAUUUACGACGUGCCCCACAUACGCCACGUGCAUGCCAACGGCACCCUCCAGCUCUACCCUUUCUCCCCCUCUGCCUACAACAGCAUCAUCCACGACAACGAGUACUUCUGUACCGCCGAGAAUCAGGCGGGCAAGAUCCGAAGCCCCAGCAUCCACGUUAAAGCAGUGUUCAGGGAGCCCUACACAGUCCGAGUGGCAGACCAGCACUCCAUGCGGGGCAACAUUGCUGUAUUCAAGUGCCUCAUCCCUUCAGCUGUUCAAGAGUACGUCAGCGUGGUGUCCUGGGAGAAAGACACCAUUUCCAUCAUCCCCGGUAAUCGUUUCUUCCUGACCUCAUUUGGCGCUUUAUAUAUCUCAGAAGUGCAGAAGGAAGAUGCUUUGUCCACCUACCGCUGCAUCACAAAGCACAAGUACAGUGGAGAAACCCGCCAGAGUAAUGGAGCCAGGCUCUCUGUAAAGGACCCUAAGGAGUCCCCCCCAUCUGUGCUGGAUAGUUUCCAGUCUGGUGAGAUGCAGGUUGGACACAGUGUGGAGCUGCCCUGCAUUGCCUCCGGAUAUCCAAAUCCCACCAUCCGAUGGUUGAAGGACGGUCGACCACUGCCAGCUGACUCUCGCUGGACGCGCCGCAUCACUGGCCUCACUAUCUCCGACUUAAGACUUGAGGACAGUGGCAACUACAUUUGUGAAGUCACGAACAGCUUUGGCUCCAAAGAGGUGACGGGUCAUCUCAAUGUUAUAGAACCACUGCGGGUCACUUUGUCUCCAAAGAACCUCAAGACGGGGAUCAGCAGUACAGUAAUCCUCUCCUGUGCCGUCCAGGGUUCCCCCCACUUUACUGUUUCCUGGUACCGUAACACAGAACCUGUGAUGCCUGAUCAGCACUUUUCCAUCCAAGGAGCACACAAUGAGACACUCUUCAUCUCUGCUGCACAAAAAAGACAUUCUGGAGCGUACCAGUGCUUUGCCUCACGAAAGGGCCAGACUGCCCAGGACUUCUCCAUCAUACUGCUGGAAGAUGGUACGCCCCGUAUUGUCGCCUCCUUCAGUGAACGAGUGGUGGUCCCUGGUGAGCCGUUUUCCCUGAUGUGUGCUGCCAAAGGAGCCCCUCCGCCUACCAUCACCUGGACCCUGGACGAUGAGCCCGUGGCUCGGGAUCUGUCGCGCGUGAGAUCCAGCCAGUACACGCUCUCCGACGGGAGCACCGUUAGCUUUGUCAACGUCAGCAGCCCGCAGAUUCGUGAUGGAGGAGUGUAUCGGUGCGCCGCACGAAACUCGGCUGGUAGUGCUGAGUACCAAGCGCGCAUAAACGUAAGAGGGCCUCCGAGGAUUAGGCCUAUGAAGAAUAUUACAGCGGUGGCAGGAAGAAACACUUUCAUAAACUGCAGAGUAAUUGGGUAUCCUUAUUACUCGAUUAACUGGUACAAGGAGGGAAUUCUGCUGCCUGACAACCAUCGUCAGGUGGUGUUUGAGAAUGGGACGCUUAAGCUCAGCGACGUUCAGAAAGGCAUGGACGAGGGCGCCUAUGUGUGCAGCGUGCUGAUCCAGCCACAGCUAUUCAUCACACAAACCAUUUAUGUCACCGUCAAAGUCCCCCCGCUGAUCCAGCCGUUUGACUUUCCCCCAACCUCCAUCGGUAAAUUGAUGUACAUCGCCUGCGUGGUGUCAUCUGGAGACAUGCCCAUACGAAUCACCUGGCGUAAGGACGGCCAGGAGAUCGUGCCCUCCUCGGGGAUCACCAUCGACACAAAGGAGUUCAUGAGUUCACUGCAGAUCUCCAAAGUGUCGCUCAAACACAACGGCAACUACACCUGCAUCGCCAGCAACGACGCUGCUACUGUCAGUACAGAGAGGCAGCUCACAGUUACAGUCCCUCCACGAUUUGUUGUGCAGCCCAACAACCAGGAUGGCAUCUAUGGCAAAUCGGCAAUCUUGAACUGUUCUGUUGACGGAUACCCUCCUCCUAAGGUCAUGUGGAAGCACGCCAGAGGAGCUUUAGCUGGGAUUGGAAACCCACAGCAGUACCACCCGGUUCCUCUGACUGGCCGCAUUCAGAUCAUGACUAAUGGCUCCCUGCUGAUCAGACAUGUCCUGGAGGAAGAUCGAGGUUUCUACCUCUGUCAGGCCUCCAAUGGCGUGGGCUCGGACAUCAGCAAGAGUAUGGUCCUCACUGUUAAGAUCCCAGCAAUGAUCACCAGUCACCCCAACACCACCAUGGCCAAGAAGGGUCAUGUGAAGGAGCUGAACUGCACAGCCAGAGGAGAAUGGCCCAUCAUCAUCCGUUGGGAAAGGGGUGACACGGUGAUUGACCCAGAACGCAACCCCCGGUACUCCAUAACCACAAGCCCCAACGAAAAGACAGACGAGGUGUUGUCUACUCUCAAGCUGAAGCCAGCAGAGCGUGAAGAUUCAGUCUUCUUCUCCUGUCAUGCCAUCAACUCUUAUGGAGAAGGACGAGGCCUUAUCCAGCUCACUGUGCAAGAGCCUCCAGACCCGCCAGAGCUGGAAGUGCGAGAAGUAAAAGAUCGUAGCAUGAAUCUCCGAUGGACACAAAGAUUUGAUGGGAAUAGCGUCAUCACCUCCUAUGACAUUGAAUACAAAAACAAGACGGAUACUUGGGAGCUGAAGCAUGCCACUCGAAACAUAUCUCCCACAAACAAUCAGGCCAACAUAGUAGACCUCCACCCUGCGUCCGUCUACAGUAUCCGUAUGUUCUCGUACAACGCGAUAGGCAAGAGCGAGGCCAGUAAAGAGCUCACCAUCAGCACCGAAGAAGCACAGCCUGAUGGUCCUCCAAUGGAUGUCGUCCUUCAGCCGGUCACCUCUCAAAGUAUCCGCGUGACCUGGAAGGCUCCAAGAAAGGAGCUACAGAACGGGGUUAUCCGCGGUUACCAGAUCGGGUACAGAGAGAACGGCCCUGGCAGCAACGGCCAGUACAGCAUCGUUGAGAUGAAAGCCACUGGGGACAGUGAGGUCUACACCCUGGACAACCUGAAGAAGUUUGCUCAGUACGGUGUGGUUGUCCAGGCCUUCAACAGAGCAGGCACAGGACCUUCUAGUUCAGAGAUCAAUGCAACAACACUGGAGGAUGUGCCUAGUCAGCCUCCUCAGAACGUACGCGCCAUCUCCGUAACGUCAGACGAGGCGGUGAUCAACUGGGCUGAACCUCCAAGAAUGACUCUCCAUGGUGUAUUGAAGGGAUAUCGUGUUGUGUUCUGGGCUGUGUUCCCAGACGGAGAGUGGGGUGAAAUGCAAAACAUUACAACCACCAAGGAGCAGGUGGAGCUCAAAGGCCUGGAGAAGUUCACCAACUACAGCAUCCAGGUUCUGGCCUUCACCCAGGCCGGAGACGGCGUUCGGAGCAACGUCCUGUACAUCCAAACCCGUGAAGACUAUCCCGGACCCCCAGCUGGCAUUAAAGCAGUGCCCUCCUCUGCCAGCAGUGUCGUAAUAUCGUGGUUACCCCCUCACAAACCAAAUGGAAUCAUCCGCAAGUACACCAUCUACUGCUCCAGCUCCGGAUCCGGCCAACCGCUGCCAAGUGAGUAUGAAGCCAACCCAGAACUUCUUCUUUACCGCAUCACCCACCUGAACCACCGGCAGCAGUACCUGAUCUGGGCUGCUGCUGUCACCACUGCCGGCCGCGGUAACAUCAGCGACAAAGUUACAGUGGAGCCCGCUGCAAAGGCCCCUGCCAAAAUCCUUUCAUUCGGAGGUACGGUAACCACUCCCUGGAUGAAGGAGGUGCGUCUGCCUUGUAGUUCCGUAGGUGAACCAACACCUACCAUCAAAUGGACCAAAGACAGUGAGGACACAGCAAUCCCAGUGUCUCUCGAUGGACAGCGUCUCAUUCUGGCCAAUGGGACGCUGGUGCUGCGCUCCGUCAAAGCUGAAGACUCUGGUUAUUACACCUGCACAGCCACCAACACGUUGGGCUUCGACACCAUCAUAGUCAACCUUUUGGUGCAAGUCCCUCCAGAUCAGCCUCGCCUUACCGUUUCCACCACCUCCACCUCCUCCAUUACCCUCGCCUGGAUUCCAGGGGACAAUGGAGGUAGCUCCAUCAGAGGCUUUGUGCUACAGUAUUCUGUAGAUAACACAGAAGAAUGGAAAGACGUUUUCAUCAGUUCAUCAGAGCGUUCGUUUAAACUGGAGAACCUGCGCUGUGGGACCUGGUAUAAAGUCAAGCUGGCUGCCAAGAACAGCGUUGGAGCCGGACGCAUCAGCGAGAUCAUUGAGGCAAAGACCCACGGGCGAGAACCUCAGUUCAACAAGGACCAGCCUAUCUUCACCUACGUCAACUCCACUCACGCUCGCCUCAACCUGCAGGGCUGGGCCAGCGGAGGCUGUCCAAUCACCUCAAUGACACUGGAAUUCAGACCAAAAGGUAUGUGGACAUGGCAACAUGUCCGCACCAACGCCACCUCAGAUGUGUUUCUGGCAGAACUACGUGAAGGCACGUGGUAUGAGUUGAAGAUGAAGGCAUGUAACAGUGCCGGCUGUGGCAACCAGAGUUCUCAGUUUUCAACACCAAACUACGAUGGCAGCACCAUUCCUCCCAUCAAGUCCCCCUUGGAAAAAAACGAUGAUGUGAAGAAACUGUUUUCGAUCGGCUGUCCUGUGAUUCUGGUGACUCUUGGGGUUGCGCUGCUGUUUGUCGCCAUUCGCAAGAAACGCAAAGAGAAGAGGCUGAAGAGACUCCGAGAUGCCAAAAGCCUGGCAGAGAUGCUCAUCAGUAAAAACAACCGCAGCUUUGACACGCCAGUGAAAGGACCUCCUCAGGGCCCACGGCUACACAUCGACAUCCCCAGAGUGCAGCUGCUAAUUGAGGACAAAGAAGGCAUCAAGCAAAUCGGAGAUGACAAGGCCACUAUUCCUGUGACAGACACAGAGUUCAACCAAACUGGGAAUCCUCAGAGCUUCUGCACUGGUGUUUCUGUCCAUCACCCUGCCCUCAUCCAAAACACAGGUCCUUUGAUAGACAUGUCUGACAUCAGACCAGGAACCAAUCCAGUGUCAAGGAAGAGUGUUAAGUCAGCCCACAGCAUCAGGAACCGCUACUCCAGUCAAUGGACUCUGACCAAGUGUCAGGCGUCGACGCCAGCCCGCACUCUCACUUCAGACUGGCGCACAGUUGGUUCUCAGCAUGGCAUCACUGUCACAGAGAGUGACAGCUACAGUGCCAGCCUCUCACAGGACACAGACAAGGGGCGCAACAGCAUGGUGUCCACCGAGAGCGCCUCCUCCACCUACGAAGAGCUGGCAAGAGCCUACGAGCAUGCAAAGCUGGAGGAACACCUGCAACAUGCCAAAUUUGAGAUUACAGAGUGCUUUAUAUCCGACAGCUCGUCUGAUCAGAUGACCACAGGUACCAACGACAACGCAGACAGUAUGACGUCUAUGAGCACACCGUCAGAGCCCGGCAUCUGCCGUUUCACUGCCUCGCCGCCCAAACCCCAAGACUACGAUCGUGGCAAGAAUGUAGCCGUGCCCAUUCCACACCGCGCCAAGAGCGACUACUGCAACCUGCCCCUGUACAUGAAGUCCGAUCCCUUUUUCCGAAAGCAGUCAGAACACCAUGACCCAUGUCCAGUUGUUCCACCACGCGAAGCCUCUAUUCGUGGCCUAGCCCAGCGGGCGUACCACAGCCAGGGCCGUCACGUGACCAUGGACUCUGCGAAGCAACAGGCUCUGACCAUGGGCCACUCCGGCCUGUCAAACCUCACUUCCUCCGGGGCGUCCUCUGGAGGAGCAACGGGAGGCGGCGGUGGAGGCAGUGGGAGCGGAGGCUUGUCUGCCAGCUCCAGCAGCUCCACGCUGCCCCAGCGGACUCUCACCAUGCCCAGCUCCUCUGCUUCUGCGGCUCAGAGUGCCGCCGCCGCCACCGCUGCUGCAGGAGGGGCAUCAUCUUCCUCUGGCGGUGGGGCAGCAGGGACCUCGGGGGGGACCCCUGGAGGUGCCUCUUCUUCCUCCUCCAAAAUGGGAGGAUCCAGAGACUCUCUCCUGGAGAGCAGCUCUUCGGGAUUAGGCAGACUGCAGAAGCAGAGGGAUGGGGGGUCAGGAGCCUACUCCAAGUCCUACACACUGGUGUAGCCUGCCAUUAGCGAGGCCUGUCACUGUAACUCUUAAUACAAUGCUGGUUCAGCCGGCGUUUGCCUGGAGCCUCUGUGGUGAAUCGGGGUGACGAACAUACACAUGCACAGCUUACCCGUCAGUGCCUGUGCUGUGUCAGCCUGCAGGGAGCUGGUUGGGCUCCCGUCAACACAACUGUUUCAAGGGGUCAGAGUUGGGUGUCCACAGCACAGGGGCUUGCCUUUCUUUCUGCCUGAUUGUGUUCCGUUAUAUUUGUGUAAUUUCUCUCUUUCUCUCUCUUUCUCUCUCUUUCUAUUUUUUAAAUCACCCUGGAAAUCACUUGCCAAAACAAAAAUGAUUUAUCUGUUCAGUCUAUCUUCAUUUUCAGGCAAGUACACAGAACUUAUGCACAAAAUGCUUUUAACUUGCACUGUCUUGCUUUCUACAACAAGACAGCUGUAGAUUGAACCAGGUUGCUUAAGACGUGUGUUGAGGUUUAAUUUUUUUUUAUUUUUAUUUUUAUUUUUUUAAAAACAAACGAUAUGUAACCGUUAUGUUCUCUGAUGGAAGAUUCGUUCAUAUCUCAGCAUUGUGCCACGGCAGGAUGCCUUUGCUGUAUGCACAAAUCCCCAGCCUCUGUGUUACUUUGGCUCUGUACGGUUAGUCCAUCAUAGAUCCACACAUUAGAGGCAGAGGAACGACUCUUGUACAUGCAAUGGAUGACCCAGCGUUGCGGUCGCAAUGGAAGAUUUUAUAGAAAGAGGAGCUAAAAAUGUCAAGCAUCACUGAGUGAAAUCUAGAUUCUUUUUUUUUUUCUUUUAUCCAAAAGGUUUGUUUGUUUUCAGACGAUGGAAGCAUAUAACCCCGUGUGCACUAGGAAACAGUUUGAAAGGAUCCAAGUAACGAAAAUGUCACGAGUGAGUGAGUGAGUGAGCGUGUGUGUGCGUGCGUGCGUGUGUGUGUGUGGAUGUAUAUGUGUAAAUAUAUAUGUGUACAUGUGGCAGGCACACACCAACAAUGGACCUUUUUAAAACCAAUCUGUAUGCUGAAUUCUUGGGCAGAAGUCUGUGUCUAAACUAAACAAAACCCUCCUCCCCAGUUUUAUUUUUUUCUUUUUGUACCUAUGAAAACACAGAAUGAUAAUGAUGAUGCUGACAAUUUGACACAAUUUAAACUUAAUUUGCUCUAGUCGGUUUUUUUUGUUUUUGUUUUUUCAGAUUUAAUAUCUGUUGCUAACAACAUGGUGUAGGUGAGUUAUAAAAAUGCUAAUGAAGCAGAAGGUCCAUAAGCUUUCAUUUGAGGAUUAGAAAUGCAGUGCCUUGCAAAAGUAUUCACCCCCCUUGAUUUAUUUCACAUUUUGUCACGACAGCCAACUUUAAAAAAUAUUUUAUUGAGACUUUAUAUAAUAGACCAAUAGAGAGUAGCGCAUAAUUGUAACGAGGAAAGAAAAUGAUACCCAGAUUUUUAAAUUGUUUUCUGUAUAUUGAUGUGAAAAGUGUGGCUUCUAUUUAUAUUUAACCCGCUUUAUGCUAAUGCCCCCAAGUAAAAUCCAGUGAGCCAAUUUACGACAGAACUGACUUAAUGAGAAAAAUAAUGAACUUGUCAUGAUUUAACGACAGCGUGUUGCUACUCGGUGCAGAGCUUGUUAGAGAAGUGAAGUAAACGGAGAGCGACAUGAAGACCAAGGACAACAACUGACAGUGCGAGGUUAAAAUUUCAGAGCAGUUUAAAGUCGAGAUAUCUGAAAACAGAAAAGAGGACAACACACCCACAAACCUACCAAAUCAUGUCAUCUAUCAGAGAAGCAGCAAACUGGCUCAGUUACAACAAGCUUUCUGCGUAAUGGUAACUCUGGAAAAGCUACCAAGAUUCACAGUUCGGGUGAAAACACUUUUAGCAGGACAAAUAUUAGCUGCCAUUCUGCAAAUUUGACAUUUAAUGGUCGAGGAAUGAGAAGAGAGCCAUUGCUUAAAGAAAGCCAUAAGAUACCCUGGUAGUCUUUGUUGAAGACGGUUAAUUUGGGAUGAGACCAAAAUUUAGCUCUAUGCAAACUAACACUGCACAUACACAUUUCCCCCUGUGGAUAAUGGUAACUGUGAUGUUGGGGUGUAAUUUCAUUGCAUGGAGAGGGAAGUGGCUCAGAGUUCAUGGGAAGCUGGAUUGAGAAAAGUAGAGGGAACUUGACUAAUAAGUUUUAUUUCUUGCAAGACACUUGAGCCGAUCUCCCUGCAGAGCAACUGCAUUAAACAUGCAGCCAGAGCUGAAAUAUUCACAAGUUAGAUUUUCUAGUUCAAAACUACGUAUUGUUUUCCUUCCGUUUCACAGUUAUACGCUGCUUUUCUGUUGGUUUAUCGCAUCUAAAUCUCUAAAAACUACAUCCAGGUUUGGGGUUGCAUCUAAGGAAAUAUGAAAAAAAGUUAAAGGAGUAUUUAUAGUUUUGCAAGGCAUUAGAGGGUCCUGUUUGGUCAUUUUUAUUUUUAUCUGGACAAAGACUUUAGGAAACUCCUUUACGGUUCACAAUCCCGUCAUUUCACUGUCGCCUUCACAACACUUCCAUCAUCCGCUCUCCUUUCCUCCUGCCCCUCCCCCCAUCACAUUCAUACAGUGUCACUGUGACGUACUGCUAGCAUGCUGGCCAGACAGACAGACCAACCGAACAAGAGGUUUCCUUUACGCACGUCUGUGCAGAAAUUCUUAACUUUCAGUGACAGCUUGAAUGCGCACAUUCAGCAAAUUUUUUGAGAAAUGUAUUUGUAUGAUUUUGAAUAAAUGACCAGGCAAUGAAAUUAUAUAGUGUUACAAGAAUCUGAAGAAUUUGCUAAAAAAAAGAAAAAAAAAAAAGAAAAAAAAUCAAGUUUCUCUAACUUUUUUAAUUUAAGUUUUAAUUUUGCGGUUGAAAUGUUUCUUUUGUUUUCAUUCUUCAUUCCUUUAUCCCAAAGUUUGUAAUCUCAUAACAAUAAUUGUUCCAAAAAAAAAAAAAAAAAA